AUGGCCGAACACGCUUCAUUCAAAGUCCAGGAUCUCUUUUCCGUCAAGGAUAAAGUGGUCCUGGUGACCGGCGGUGGUUCUGGAAUCGGCAAGGCUAUCGCCGAGGGGUUUGCUGUUAACGGAGCCAAGGUGUAUAUCACAGGAAGACGCAAGGACGUCCUGGACAACGCUGCCAAAGAAAUGGGGGAGAACGUGCACACUAUCCAAGGCGAUGUGCAGACCCAAGACGGGUGCGUGAAAAUCGCCGAUGCUAUCAAAACGCACGAAUCUCGCUUGGAUACCCUCGUCAAUUGCGCCGGUGUGAACAAACUGUGGCGGGCGCGGACCAGUGACCACAAUGACCCUGAUCAGGUCGAGAAUCUAUUGACCAAUGGCGUCCUUGAAGAAGACUUCAACCAAAGCAACCAAAUCAAUGUCAACGGUGUCUACUUCCUCACGGUCAACCUUCUCCCGCUGUUGCGCAAGGCAGAAGACCCAAACGUAUGCGUGAUUGCAUCUAUCGCUGCCUUCGGAACCCAGAGGACCAUGGGCUCUGUAACAUACGCCGUAUCUAAAGCUGCAGUUGUCCAUCUUGCAAAAGUCCUUGCCGGUCGAUUACAUCCAAUGAAAAUCCGCGUCAACACCAUCUGCCCCGGCGUCUUCCCUUCCGAAAUGACAGGCACCACGACAGGCAAGCACGAGUACGCCAUCAGCCCUCCGGCUGAAAAGGCUGCUCGGCGGUCUACAGCGGGUCGUCCAGGAAAACCCGAAGAAAUAGUCGCUCCGGUGAUUCUUUUGUCCAGCGCGGGCGGUGCAUACAUGAACGGCGCACUCCUCACAGUGGAUGGAGGCCGAAUGCUGGGCACGUCCAUCCAUGAUGGAAUCCGAUUGCCCGAGGAUACCUACGACUAA